CAUAUGACAGGAGGGGGAGGAGGGUGUGUGAACUGUGCCGAGGUAAACUUGCUGAGUUUGUUGAGCGCAAACUGAAAGUCCCGGUGGAUUUUAGACUCUCGGUUGUUUUUUUUCUCAUUAAUGCGGACAGACUGAAUCCGGCCGCUCGUGCUGAGGGUGAAACCGGGUGUAAUGGGCCUCGGGGUAACGGGGUGUCCUGCGGAAUAUGGCGUGUACUGGGCAGACAGCGCUCCCCUCGCCCCGCAGCGCGUGUAAACCGGGCUCUGAAGGUAGCGGCCGUGACGGGAGGAGACCGAACGGCGCGCUCGAGCGGCCGGUCCGCGAGUGUCGCGUGGCGCCGGUGAGCUGCGGAGCUUCUCCCUGCGAGAACAUGCCGCUGCCCGGAGUGAUGGACUCUGAGGGAAGAGUGGACGAGUCCAGACUCAGACUGCACAUCUUCAAAAACGGUGGUGUGUCGCCAGCAGAACGGGGGCCAGUGUGGCGUUUCCUGUUUGGCAUGUACCCCUGCAGCUCUACGGCUCUGGAGCGCCCCCUUUUGCUGCAGCAAAUGACCGUCCGAUACCAGGUCAUGAAGAGGAAGUGGCAGCAGGUGCUUCCAGGAUCCAUUCGUUUGCGGCUUAAUGGCACUGAUGCUGAACUGGUAGCAGCAGUGAAGUAUUUUGAGCAGAGGCAGGAGUGGGAGCGAGAGCAGCAGAAAUGCCAGACAGAAGAGGUCAAGGAAACAAUGUCCUUUCUGGAGCUUCAGGCUCAGGUGCUAUUCGAACGGAUGACUUUUGACCUAGAAGAGCUCCAAGAGGCCAUUCGCAUCAUUGACAAAGAUGUCCCUAGAACUGACAGAGACCUGGCGUACUACAUGAAUGAAGGUCUGGGUAACUUGCUGGUGCUCAGAGAUAUCCUCAUCACCUACGCUGCUUUUCACCCAGAGGUCAGUUAUGCGCAGGGUAUGAAUGAUCUGUGCAGUCGAUUCUUGGAGGUUCUGGAUUCUGAAGUGGACACAUACUGGAGCUUUUCCUGUUACAUGGAGAAAUUUUCCAAAGACUUCCGUGCUGACGGCCUGCACCGCAAGAUCGAACUGGAGGCGGCUCUGUUGAAGGAGUUGGAUCCUCAGCUUCACGCUCAUCUAGUCACAGAAAACAUGGACAGACUGACGUUUUGUCACAGGUGGCUGCUGCUGGGGUUUCAGCGUGAGUUUGAGCACAGUGAUGCUCUCCGGCUGUUUGAGAUUCUCAGCUGUGAUCAUUUGGAGCUGAUCUCUCAGCAGGUGGAUCGGGCACGCUACCAGGAGAGACUGGCCUGCAAGCACAGCCUUGAAGAUGAGCCAGUGACAGAACCCCAGGCUAUUAACACAGAGUUCACAUUCGAGCUCUUCAUCUGUGCCACCAUUUUGCUGGAGAACAGAGACGCGCUGCUCAGCUGCAGAAAUGAGGUUCAGCUCAUCCAGUUCACAAACAGUUUGCAGGGAACACUGGAUUUAAACCACAGCUUGGAGAAAGCUGAGGAACAUUUCUACAACUACUGCAAGCGAACUGCCUGGGACUGUCGAAAGCGCAAGAGCAAAGAGGAGCACUUCCUCUAUCAGCUCCGCAACCUCUUCUCCUGAGUUCAGAUGAUCCAGCUUCUGACACAUGUUCUGAGUGUUUCCGUAAGAGGCCAUACAAAGCUGUGCAAUCUAUCAUACUUGGAGUUCUGGACGUUAUUGACCACAGGAGGAAUGUCCAGGACAAGUGUGCCAAAAAUAGCUUUAAAGUGAAUAAUGCUGCUUAACUACUCAAUGGUUUCAAGAGGAUAGUGGUCAGCUCUAAGGCUACGUUCACAUUACUAAGCUAAAGUGUUUCAAAUCAGAUUUUUUUGCUCAAUGUGGCUCCGAUCUGAUUUUUUUCAUGGCUGUAUGAACAUGCCGAAUACGAUUUUCUUCAAGUCAGAUUAGAGUCACUUUCAUAUGUGAUCUUAAAUCACAUACGUAUCUGGAUCCAUGGACAUGUGACAUGUGAACGGUUAAAUCGUAAUUCAUGCGUCUUUUUGCUUUUACGCAAGCACUACGUGCUUCUCUCUCGUAUCUACACAUCUCUUGGUGCAGCUGUGCAACUAUAUCUGCAAAAACAGCAAAAGCAAACCACCCAACCUGAGCAUGUACUUCAGACCAGCUGUUCACUCUUCACUCUGGCAAAAGAUGCUCUGCAUAUUAGCUGCUAACACAUCCAUUUCACCUUUAUAAAGCUACAAGUCAUCUCUCAAAUAUGACGUUUUUUGUUGGUGGUGAAGAAGGUGAUGUUUAUACUAUCAGUGUGCGCAUGUAAGGCGUUUCAGGGACAGAACCGUCAAUUUGAGCAAUGUGGCUUGUAAUAUGAACAUAGCCUAAUUCUCUUUUGACAUGAAAGGAGAAUCUACAUAAGCCUCUCCUUCACUCCUUCCUCUUCAGUACUUUUAAUGUAAAAAGUAAAUUUUAUGUCUUGUUUAAAUACGGUAUUAUACACAUUUUGUGUUUGCAAUACUCUUAACAUACAGUGAGGGGGUUUAUAAAUCUGAGACCUCAAUGAUGGUCUGAAAGUUUGUUCAACUUUUUACUGAAAUUAUUAUGCUAAGCAUGUAAUUAGAAUACCAAGUUUAAAAAAAGAACACUAAAUAGACUGUAAUUAAACAGAAUAGAAAAAUAAAUGCUACAUUAGUUUUAGUGUUGUCAGACUGCUGUAUUUUUACCCUGCUGUAUCUAAUAAA